GCAAAAUUCUCUGUUGACGCUUCAGGCAACAGCUCACGCCCUAUGCAUGUUAUGUCAGCAAAGCUUGGAAUCAUCAUAUUGAGUCAAUGUCAGCCACCGGAACCCCGAGGUAGCGCGAUAUAGAAGUCAAACGACAUGCGCUGAAUCACCCAGGAAACCAUUCAGAUCAUUCAACACAUUCUAUUUCCAGACGGAAAAUCAUGGCAUUCGCCCACCGCAAUCCCCUAGCCAAGACCCUUCGUUCUCUCCAUAUCCCAGGAAACCCAAUCGUCCUAACAAAUUGCUACGACGCCGCAACAGCCUCGGCAGUAUGCUCCCACCCUUCAACAAAAGCAGUAGCAACAGCCUCAUACGCCAUAGCAGCCACCUCAGGCUUCACAGACGCAGGCCUCAUCCUCGAAGCCAACCUAGCCGGAAUCCGGAGAAUCAGUGCCGUAGUCGAAAAUUUUGCCCUUCCUCUGACCGCAGAUAUGCAAGAUGGGUACGAAGAUCUCGCAACGAAUAUCAGGAAAGCCAUCGAGGCUGGAGCCGUAGGGUGUAAUCUCGAAGAUGAGAAUCAUGAGACUGAAGAAUUGAGACCUUUUGGCGAAGCUGUUGAGAGAAUUUCGCGGGCUGUCGCAGCGGCGAAGGAAUGUGGAGUUCCGGAUUUUUGUGUCAAUGCUCGCACGGAUGUUGUGGCGAAAGGGGGGACGAUUGAGGAAGCUAUUGAGAGAGGCAAGGCGUUCUUGAAGGCUGGGGCUUUGACGGUGUUUGUUUGGGGUGGGCCGAGUGGGAGGGGUUUGAGAGAUGAGGAGAUUAGACGGUUGGUGGAAGGUUUGGGAGGGAUGGUUAAUGUGAAGAUGAAUUUGAGGGCUGGGUUUUUGAAUUCUGGAGAGCUGGCGCGGUUGGGUGUCGCGAGGAUUAGUAUUGGGCCGGAAUUGUUUUUGAAGGCUAUGGAGGGGUUUAAUGCUGCGUUGCAGGAUUUGCAUGUGAAUGCGAAGAGGUUCUAGUUUGCCUUGCUCGAGAGUCCAGCUUCGGAUACAAGUUCAUAUCCUUGUCUUCU